CAUGUUGGUGACCAGCUUGUGAUCCCGGGGUCUCGGUGGCCUUCUCCUUAGGAUCCGACCUCCAGGGUCCCUUCCAGCUCUGCUAGGUUGAGCCAGGCCCUAGACCCAUGGAUGUGGCAGCUGGGUGGCAGGGCCUGAGGGCCCACCCCUCCCCUGUCCCCCAGUCAAAAGUUGGCCGUCCCGGUCAGUCAGAGCAAAGGGCCUUGGGUGGGGGCCCACAGAGCUUGGGCUUCCCCACGGGUUCUAGGCGCUGGGCCCUCCCGCCUCUGAGAGCCUGGGGACACAGUCCCCAAGUUGGGUCUGCAGGGGCCCCGCUGACGGCCUUUCUCCUCCCCUUCCAGUCAGCCCCCACCAAGAGGGCCUCAUGUGCCCCACCUGUGUCUCCCUGGGGCCCUGUGUCCCCGGCUCUCCGGUCAUGCACUGCCCUAAGCUCACCCUUUCCUGCUACAGCGGGACCAUCAUGAUCAAGGGAGGAGGCAUCUGGACUCCAGUGGACCUGGAGGGCUGCAUGGGCGAGAUCAGCUGCCGCCUGCUGAACAAAACGCACACCAUCGGGCCCCUGGAAGUGAACGAGCUGUGCGACCGCAGCAGCUUGUUUGAUAACUUCAGGAUGGACGGGGCCAGCGGCCCGCUCCCCGCCUCUGUGUGGGCUCUGGGCCUGGGCUCCCUGCUGCUCCUGUAGCCUGGAGGGGAGGCCAAGGGCCCCCUGGUGGGCCUGUCUAGGGCCCCAUGCCCCCACUGAAGUCAGCUUCUGCCCCUUGCUGCCCCCUGCUGCUCCCUCCUGUCCUCUGACACUUCCCUCCUGCCUCCUGCCCCCUCCCUCCUCCCUUUUACCACCCCCUUCCUCAUCUUUCCUCCCUCCUCCCUUUUGCCUUCUCCCUCCUGCCUCCUGCUCCUGCUGCCCCCUUCUGUUUCCUCCUACCCCCUCCCUCCUGUCCCUUCCUUUCUCCCUUUUACCCCCUGCCUCCUCCUCCUCCUCCCUUUUACCACCCCCUCCUCAUCUUUCCUUCCCCCUCCUCCUCCCUUUUGCCUUCUCCCUUGUCCCUCCCGGCCCCCGUCUCUUCCCUUCUCCCUUUGCUUCCUCCCUCCUGGCCCCUCUCACACUCUCUCAGCUCAUGGCCAAGGAUGUCUGAAGACCAGACUUAGAAUCAUCCCAUGAAGUCCUAGCUCCUUCCCAGGACAAGAGCCCGGCUCCAGGAGCCCAGGCAGGCGCUGCUCCAGCCAUCACUACGGUCACAAAAGGGACCUUUUUUUGCUGUAAUAGACACAAGGGAUAGAAGGUCCCGCUGCCAGUCGUACCUUCACACGCCCGGUUUUCACUCAGAUGCUUCCGAAUUUGCAUUUUGGUCUCGUCCCCGCCGUGUCAGACUCUCCAGAAUCGGCCAGAGCGGCACGUUUGGGUGGUCUUACGUUCACUGUGCCAGGAGCUUUCCAUAGACCACGUGCUAGUGGGCUGCAUUUCGGGAUCCGCUGGGUGACCUUUUCUUUUGAUAGAGGAAUUCAGCCCAUUUACAUUUAAGGUUGUUUGGUUCGUGAUUAUGUUUUACUUUUAUUAAAUUAUUUUGUCAAA